UCACUGCUUGACUUUUGCCUUCUUCACCUCCUUCCCCUCAGUGCUUCGCCCACCCUCCGCCCGCCCUCUCCCCAAGUUCCUUCCUACUUCGUGCGCCUUCCCCUCCUCCCCAAGCCGAGGGAAGCAGGCUGGGUGACAGGCGCCUUGUUAUGAGAGGGAAAGUUUAGAAGCCGCCAGUGUGGGGUGGGAGCGAUGGUAAGGUUGGAGAGGAUACUUGCAGGUUUGGGGGGCGUCCCCAUGUACAUCAGAGGAGAAUCCUUCUUGGAGGUGUGGGCUAAGCCGGCGGCCCCGGCUUUAGACUGGACCCCACAAUGUUUGCAGAGAUGUUCAGGCACGUGGGAGCUGAUUACACACAAUGAAUGGGGGCAAUGAGAGCAGUGGAGCAGACAGAGCUGGGGGCCCUGUGGCCACAUCUGUCCCCAUCGGCUGGCAGCGCUGUGUUCGAGAGGGUGCUGUGCUCUAUAUCAGCCCAAGUGGCACAGAGCUGUCUUCCUUGGAGCAAACCCGGAGCUACCUCCUCAGCGAUGGGACCUGCAAGUGCGGUCUGGAGUGUCCACUCAAUGUCCCCAAGGUUUUCAACUUUGACCCUUUGGCCCCGGUGACCCCGGGUGGGGCUGGGGUGGGGCCAGCAUCAGAGGAGGACAUGACCAAGCUGUGCAACCACCGGCGGAAAGCCGUUGCCAUGGCAACUCUGUACCGCAGCAUGGAGACCACCUGCUCACACUCUUCUCCUGGAGAGGGAGCGAGCCCCCAAAUGUUCCACACUGUGUCCCCAGGGCCUCCCUCUGCCCGCCCACCCUGUCGAGUUCCUCCUACAACUCCGCUUAAUGGGGCUCCUGGCUCCCUUCCCCCAGAACCACCUUCAGUUCCACAGGCUUUCCCCCCUCUAGCAGGCCCUGGGGGGCUCUUCCCACAGCCAAGGCUUCCUGACCCAGUCCCCUCCGGAGGCAGCAGCAGCCCUUGUUUCCUGCCAAGGGGCAAUGCCCCUUCUCCAGCUCCACCUCCUCCACCUGCUAUUAGCCUCAAUGCCCCCUCAUAUAGCUGGGGAGCUGCUCUCCGAUCCAGCCUGGUGCCCCCUGACUUGGGCUCUCCUCCAGCCCCCCAUGCCUCCUCCUCACCACCUUCUGACCCUCCUCUCUUCCACUGUAGUGAUGCCUUAACACCUCCUCCCCUGCCCCCAAGCAAUAAUCUCCCUGGUCCCCCUGGCCCCCCUGGUCCUGCCACUCAGCCACCAGUGUCUUCAGCCACUAUGCACCUGCCCCUGGUCCUGGGGCCCCUAGGAGGGGCCCCCACGGUGGAGGGGCCCGGGGCACCCCCCUUCCUUGCUAGCAGCCUACUCUCUGCAGCGGCCAAGGCACAGCACCCCUCUCUCCCCCCUCCCAGCACUUUACAGGGCCGAAGGCCCCGUGCCCAGGCGCCCUCAGCUUCCCACUCUUCAUCACUGCCCCGUCCCUCUCAGCGUCGUCCCCGCCGCCCCCCAACUGUACUGCGAUUGCUAGAAGGGGGAGGCCCUCAAGCCCCUAGACGGAGCCGCCCUCGGGCCCCCGCUCCCGCCCCACAACCUUUUCCUCUCCCUGAGCCCUCCCAACCGAUUCUCCCUUCUGUGCUGUCCCUGCUGGGACUCCCCACCCCUGGCCCUCCCCACUCUGAUGGAAGCUUUAACCUUUUGGGGUCAGACGCACACCUUCCUCCUCCCCCAACCCUCUCCUCAGGGAGCCCUCCCCAGCCCAGGCACCCCAUCCCGCCCUCCCUGCCUGGGACCACCAGUGGCAGCCUCAGCAGUGUGCCAGGUGCCCCUGCCCCACCAGCUGCCUCCAAAGCCCCCCUAGUCCCUAGCCCUGUGCUUCAAAGCCCAUCCGAAGCGCUCGGGAUGGGGUCGGGCCCAGCCUGCCCUCUGCCUCCCCUGGCUGGUGGGGAGGCUUUCCCAUUCCCCAGCCCCGAGCAGGGCCUGGCGCUGAGUGGAGCCGGCUUCCCGGGGAUGCUAGGGACCUUGCCUCUCCCUCUGAGUCUGGGGCAACCUCCGCCUUCUCCAUUGCUCAGCCACAGUUUAUUUGGCGUGCUGGCUGGGGGAGGGGGACAACCUCCCCCUGAGCCCCUGCUACCCCCACCAGGGGGACCUGGCCCUCCCCUAGCCCCAGGCGAGCCCGAAGGGCCUUCGCUUUUGGUGGCUUCCCUGCUUCCACCACCCCCCUCAGACCUUCUUCCACCCCCUUCCGCACCCCCUAGCAACCUCCUUGCCUCCUUCCUGCCCCUGUUGGCCCUGGGCCCCACAGCUGGGGAUGGAGAGGGAUCUGCAGAGGGAGCCGGGGGUCCGAGUGGGGAGACGUUUUCAGGUUUGGGAGACCUGCCCCCCUUGCUGUUCCCCCCACUUUCAGCCCCCCCCACCCUCAUAGCUUUAAAUUCUGCGCUGCUGGCUGCCAGCCUGGAUCCCCCCUCGGGGGCGCCCCCCCAGCCCUGUGUCCUGAGUGCCCCCCAACCUGGACCACCUACCUCCAGUGUCACCACGGCAACUACUGACCCGGGGGCCUCCUCUCUGGGCAAGGCCCCCUCCAACUCAGGGAGACCCCCCCAACUCCUUAGCCCUCUGCUGAGUGCCAGCCUGCUGGGUGACCUGUCUUCGCUGACCAGCAGCCCUGGAACCCUCCCCAGUCUGCUGCAGCCUCCUGGCCCUCUUCUCUCUGGCCAGUUGGGGCUGCAGCUCCUCCCUGUGGGGGGAGCUCCUCCACCCCUCUCAGAGGCUUCUAGUCCCCUAGCCUGCCUGCUACAGAGUCUCCAGAUCCCUCCAGAGCAGCCAGAAGCUCCCUGUCUGCCCCCUGAGAGCCCCACCUCAGCCCUUGAACCGGAGCCUGCCCGGCCUCCCCUCAGUGCCUUAGCCCCACCCCACGGUUCUCCCGACCCCCCAGUCCCUGAGCUGCUCACUGGGAGGGGGUCAGGGAAACGGGGCCGGAGGGGAGGAGGGGGACUUAGGGGCAUUAAUGGUGAGGCCAGGCCAGGCCGGGGCCGAAAGCCUGGCAGCCGGCGGGAGCCUGGCCGACUGGCCCUCAAGUGGGGAGCACGUGGUGGCUUCAAUGGACAAAUGGAACGGUCCCCAAGAAGGACCCACCACUGGCAGCAUAAUGGGGAGCUGGCUGAAGGGGGUGCUGAGCCCAAGGAUCCAUCCCCUUCUGGGCCCCAUUCUGAGGACCUUAAGCCCUACCCGGAACAGCAACAGCUCCCGCCAAGACGUUACCUUGGACCCCAGCCCCACAACCCGCGCGGCUGUCCCUCUGCCUCCCCGGGCCCGCCCUGGCCGUCCUGCCAAAAACAAGAGGAGGAAACUGGCCCCAUAGCAGCCAUACCUGGAGCUGGAUCUGACCCUGACUGGGGAGAGCUGAGUGCUGAGCCUUGGGAGCCCCUGCCAGCCACGUGCACCUGUGGACAGUGGGUGGGGGCACUACUCCCCACUCAGAGCACAAAUGCAACCCCUUCCCCACAAUCCCAUCCUGAGCCAUUGCAGGGGGUAGGGAGGUCACCCCCUCCCCCCCGAAGCCAUGUCACUGAAAAGGCCUGGGGGGGGGUAUAUGGCCCUCUCCCCACCAGGCUAAGGGGAACACCCCUUUCCCCAGGUCUUUUAUUUGUUUAAGUUAUUUUUGCACAAAUGACUCUUUUAUAUUUAAUUCGACUUCAUUGCCUCCCUUCUCGAAGCCAGCAGGCUCAGUUUACAAACCUGUGAGCUACUGUUGGCUGCUGCCCUCCUUCCCAGUGAAAGGUACAAAGCAAUAAGCAUCAUGCACCCUCCCCUCACCCCUACAACACCCCUCUGCCUCUGGCUCAGGUUGCUCAAAGCACAGAUCCCUUCUUACCCCCGUCCCCAGGUUUGAAACACAUAGCCUCAUUUCAAGGUGUAGCCAGCUUCCCUCUACUUUCCUCUGGGAUAUAAAAAGGGGGUAAGGGGGCAAAGAGAGCCAUCUGGGUCUCUCCUCCCAUACACACUACACUGCCCCUUCUCCCCCCAUCAAAACGCUCAGAGACGUUGUGAUGAUGCGACUGAGGAUUAUGCAACGUGGUCCAACCGGAGCGGCCAGCAUGACCAGCUGUCCAGGGGCUGCCUCCUGCCUUUUCUUUUGUAAAGACAAGACCUUUGGGAGUUUUAAUUCUGUUUUGUACUUGCCCUUUGGGGCCUCCACUGCUUUUCUAUGGGAGACACUCUUAAUUUAACAGAUGAGAAUAUUUUGAAA